AUGGUAAAGAUAAACUUGGACAACACUGCCUUGUACGCAGACAUUGACACCACCCCUCAAUUCGAGCCCUCACAGACUUCUGUAGCUGAUAUUUUAACCAAAGAUGCUUUGGAAUUUAUUGUUCUGCUACAUAGAACCUUCAAUGCAAGACGCAAACAACUUUUAGCUAAUAGAGGUACUUUACAGUCUAAAUUGGAUUCCGGUGAAUAUCAAUUUGACUUCUUACCGGAAACUGAACAAAUCAGAAAUGACCCCACUUGGCAAGGUGCUAUUCCCGCCCCUGGCUUGAUCAACAGAUCCAGUGAGAUCACGGGCCCUCCGUUGAGAAAUAUGUUGGUCAACGCCUUGAAUGCAGAAGUCACAACUUAUAUGACUGAUUUUGAAGAUUCUUCGUCUCCAACGUGGGAAAACAUGAUUUAUGGUCAAGUUAAUCUUUAUGACGCUAUCAGAAACCAAAUCGACUUCAAGACUCCAAGAAAGGAAUACAAAUUGAAGGACGACAUUUCAAAAUUGCCUACUUUGAUUGUCAGACCUCGUGGCUGGCAUAUGGUGGAGAAACAUCUUUAUGUGGAUGACGAGCCAAUCAGUGCAUCUGUAUUUGAUUUUGGUUUGUACUUCUACCAUAAUGCUAAAGAGUUGAUCAAAAUCGGUAAGGGGCCUUACUUCUAUUUACCAAAGAUGGAACAUCACCUAGAAGUUAAAUUGUGGAAUGAUAUCUUUUGCGUCGCUCAAGAUUUUAUCGGAAUGCCCCGUGGUACCAUUAGAGCCACUGUGCUGAUUGAAACGUUGCCAGCAGCUUUCCAAAUGGAGGAGAUCAUUUAUCAAGUGAGACAGCAUUCCAGUGGUUUGAAUUGUGGUCGUUGGGAUUACAUAUUUUCCACAAUAAAGAAAUUAAGAAAUUUGCCCCAACACGUCUUACCAAAUAGGGAUCUGGUGACGAUGACUUCGCCCUUUAUGAAUGCUUAUGUGAAAAGAUUAAUCAAUACGUGUCACCGCAGAGGUGUCCAUGCAAUGGGUGGUAUGGCUGCCCAAAUUCCUAUUAAGGAUGAUCCAAAGGCCAACGAAAUUGCUAUGAACAAGGUUCGUAACGAUAAGAUUAGAGAAAUGAAAAAUGGGCAUGAUGGUUCAUGGGUAGCACACCCUGCAUUGGCACCAAUUUGUAAUGAAGUUUUUAGCAACAUGGGUACAGCGAAUCAAAUUUACUUCAUCCCAGAUGCAAAUGUUACAUCAUCCGAUUUAUUGAAUACAAACAUUAAAGAUGCGGAAGUCACAACUGAAGGGAUAAGAGUAAAUUUAGAUAUCGGUUUACAAUAUAUGGAAGCCUGGUUAAGAGGUUCUGGUUGCGUCCCAAUUAAUCACUUGAUGGAAGACGCCGCCACCGCUGAAGUGUCACGUUGUCAAUUGUAUCAAUGGGUUAAACACGGUGUCACUCUAAGCGAUACUGGUAAUAGGGUGACUCCGGAGGUAACCGCGAAGAUAUUAGAUGAGGAGGCUACAAAAUUGGCUUCAACAAGUCCCGUAGGUGAAAAGAAUAAGUUUGCCUUAGCAGCUAAGUAUUUCUUGCCCGAAGUCACGGGUGAAAUCUUUAGCGAUUUCUUGACCACUUUGCUGUACGACGAAAUUAUUACACCAAAUGCCAAGCCGAUUGAUUUGAGUAAAUUAUAG